CCAACAAAACUCACUAAAAAUCAUAUGUUCUUUGCUCCUAAUCAUUCUCAUUAAGAUAAACCAAAAUGGGAGCUCUUUCUCCUAAUAAAAUACAACUAUCACUAUUCCCCAUUGUUGUGUUGCUUUCUCUUAUCUCCUUGUCAAAUUCAGCUCCCCACACCAAAACUUUCCUUCAUUGCCUUGAAAGCCAUUCAGAGCCCUCACACCCUAUAACAUCUGCAAUUUUCACACCAAGCAAUUCCUCAUUCUCUUCAGUCCUGCAAGCCUACAUCAGAAACCUUCGUUUCAACACCUCCACAACAAGAAAACCAUACCUCAUAAUAACAGCACUGCAUGUAUCUCAUGUACAAGCAGCUGUUAUUUGUGGCCAAAAGCACAAUUUGCAGAUGAAAAUCAGAAGCGGCGGUCAUGACUACGAGGGCGUGUCGUAUGUCGCGGAUGUGCCAUUCUUCAUCCUUGACAUGUUCAACCUUAGAUCCAUUGAGGUUGACAUAGCCUCAGAAACAGCUUGGGUCCAAGCUGGUGCAACACUUGGUGAACUUUAUUACAGAAUUGCUGAGAAGAGUAAAAAACAUGGCUUCCCAGCUGGGGUUUGUCACACAGUUGGGAUUGGAGGACACAUUAGUGGUGGUGGAUAUGGCAACAUGAUGAGAAAAUAUGGUCUCUCGGUUGAUAAUCUUCUUGAUGCACAAAUCAUUGAUGUUCAAGGUAGAUUGCUGGAUAGAAAAUCCAUGGGUGAAGAUCUCUUUUGGGCUAUUAGUGGUGGUGGUGGAGCUAGCUUUGGUGUGGUUCUUUCCUACAAAAUCAAGCUAGUUCAAGUUCCUGAGACAGUCACUGUUUUCCAAGUACAGAGGACUCUGGAGCAAAAUGCAACAGACAUUGUUUACAAUUGGCAGCAUGUUGCACCAAACACAAGCAAUGAUCUUUUCAUUAGGGUCGUCAUUGACGUGGUAAACGGUACAAAACAAGGAACAAAGACUGUGAGAGCAACCUUCAUAGCUUUGUACCUUGGUGACUCAAAAAGUCUUCUUUCUCUCAUGAAUGAAACAUUUCCUCAAUUAGCUUUAAAACAAUCUGAUUGCAUUGAAACAACAUGGCUUCGUUCGAUUCUGUUUUGGGACACCAUAAACAUUACCAACCCAGUUGAUAUUUUGCUUGAAAGACAACCUCUGUCCAUCAAAUACUUGAAAAGGAAAUCAGAUUAUGUGAAGAAACCAAUUUCCAAGGAGGGUUUGGAAGGGAUUUGGAACAAGAUGAUUGAGUUGGUGGAUGCAAUUCUUUACUUCAAUCCUUAUGGUGGAAGAAUGGCUGAGAUUCCAUCAACAGCUUCUCCUUUCCCUCACCGUGCUCGGAAUUUAUGGAAGAUUCAGUACCAAGCAAAUUGGAUGCAGUCAGGGAAAGAGGUUGCUGAUCACUACAUAAACUUGACAAGAAAACUUCAUGAUUACAUGACUCCUUUUGUUUCAAUGAACCCAAGAGAGGCUUUUUACAAUUACAAGGACCUUGAUUUGGGAAUCCACCACAAGGGUAAGAAAAGUUAUUCUAAAGGUAGAGUUUAUGGAGUGGAGUAUUUCAAAGACAACUUUGACAGGUUGGUUCAGGUAAAGAGCAAGGUUGAUCCUGGCAAUUUCUUUAGGAAUGAGCAGAGUAUCCCCACUCUGCCACAUAGGAAGAAUUAGAAUGUUAGAUUAAUAAUGGUGACUUAAAAAUAUUGUUUAUUUCUAGUUUGUUAGUGAUAAAUUUGAAUGAUUGUGGAAAUAAAGGUGGGGGUUUAAAGGGCAGUUAUGAUUAUUCCAGCAAAAUAGAAUUAAAGUUUGCUGAUUUGUUUGGUUUGAUAGGGAAUGAAAUGAAACUGUAAACUGUUAUUUUA